GGAGUACACUCAUGGGUUAAGGAAAUGUAUUUUGGGUUGGAUUGUAAUUCGCCAUGACAGAAAAUUUGCCUCGGGGGAACUUCGGUCCCAUUCCUUCAUCCCUCCCGGCCGUUUCAUGGUUUGAAUUUCUUUUAAAUGAAGACCUCCUUGAGAAGCAUUUGCAUCAAGAAAAUCCAGACCCCUCCCCUGUACAGUUAAUUGUUCAGUUCCUACAACAAGCUGAUGCCCAUGUGGUCAAAGAACCCCUGCCCCCCAUUCCUACAGGAGAGAAUGGCAGCAUUGAACCACAGGGUAAGACAGUCUGA